UAUGGCUCUGUUGGGAAAAGAGAUGCUGAGGAGCGGUCCAUACCUAGAACUCGCAGCCGUACGAGACCACAUAGAGCAAAAGAGAGUCGGGCUAAAACGGGUUUUAUGCCUUAAUAUGUAUCUAUAUGUACUGGUGGAACUUGUGCAUUUCAACUCGCUUCAAUGGGACUUGGCAGAGAGAGGCGCAAGCCUGGAGUUCAAGUUGGUCAUCAGUCUAAAAGUGGGCCAGAUCCACCCGAGCUGCAAGUCCAAGCAAAUGUCAAUGAUCAUUCUAGAAGUGGGCAGGAUCUUGAAGAGCUGCUAGCCCGAGCAAAAGGUACACACAUCUCUAGUGACAAUUUCUCUUUCACCUCUGCACUAGUUGAACAUCAGUGUGGUUCUUACUUUCAAUAAUAUCUGUGUGCAU